AUGCCUGCUAAAGUAAAACAAAAGUCCGUACAGUCUGCGAAAGAAACAACCGUCCAAGUCAAGAAAUCUCAACCACCGGACUGGCCAUCCUUGACUCCUCUCAUUCCGGCAGAACAUCUCUUCAUCGAAACGGUAUUACCAGGGCAAAUCUUGAUAGUCCGGAAUAUAUUCACCUCCACUCUGUGCAGGAAUCUCGUGUCGUUUCUGUCGUCCUUGCCAUUGACCACAACACCCGGGAAGCCAAAGCGUGGAGAAGCAGUCCGGGUCAACGACCGAUUCCAAGUGGACGACCCUGUCUUUGCAAGGACGCUUUGGGAGAACACCGGCUUGGAAUCACUACUGAAUACGGCUGAAGUAGAGGAGACAGCGUUCGAUGGCAAAAUCCUCGGCUUAAAUCCCAACAUUAGGAUAUACAGGUAUCGACCUGGACAAUUCUUUGACAAACACUAUGAUGAGAAUAAUAAAUUACAGUUUGGCGAUGACAAAAUACCCGCCAAAACGACCUGGACCUUGCUGAUUUACCUCACCACCUGCGAAGGUGGCGAAACUGCCUUCUACCCAGAAGCUCUCAAAAAAGGUGAGCAAACACCUGAGCCUACAGUGGUUGGACUUGAGGCUGGGAUGGCUCUACUCCAUAAGCAUGGUGAAGACUGCCUAUUCCACGAAGGCAAGGAUGUGAAGAGUGGCGAAAAAUGGGUUCUGAGAAGUGAUCUCGUUGUCCGAAGAUGA